GACCCUUACCAACACUAAGCUGUUGCUUCGCAUUAAAUUUUUGUGGUCUAGUUAACAAGACGUAAACGUAAAAUUCUAGGAAAAAGUGAAGAUAAGCCGAAGUAAACAGAGAUACCAUGUCGUACCAACUUUACCGUAAUACCACACUCGGAAACACUCUACAGGAGAGCCUCGAUGAGCUGAUUCAGUACGGCCAGAUCACGCCUGGGCUAGCGUUCAAGGUGCUGCUCCAGUUCGACAAGAGCAUCAACAAUGCUCUAAACCAGCGGGUAAAGGCCCGUGUGACUUUUAAGGCUGGAAAACUAAACACCUAUCGCUUCUGCGACAAUGUCUGGACCCUCAUGCUCAACGAUGUGGAGUUUCGCGAAGUCCACGAGUUCGUCAAGGUGGACAAGGUCAAGAUCGUAGCCUGCGACGGCAAGAGCGGCGAGUUCUGAACGCCACUGAUCUGAUCUGCUGAAAAUCAUACAUACACCAUUAUAACCAUAACAAAUAGGUAUAAGAUUCGUAGCCGAUAAGCUGGGUUGGCCACCGCAAACCAACCGAUGUGAUGCAGCAGGCAUUACAUGAAAAUACACUGUUAAUUCAUAGUUGAA